AUGAACACAGAUGAAGCUUGCACUCGCAGAGUUAUGUGGUGCGCGAGUGAAAUGAAGAGACAGAGAAACGAACACGAAGCUUGCACUCGCAGUCCAAUCUUCAAAAUUCAAAUACUCGGUCUUGAGCCUCUCUCUCAACAAAAGCUUGGAUUUUUUUUCUUCGGUUCGGCUGCUUUGGCAAUGUCAGAUGAACAUCCAAGGCAGUUUCUUAGUAUGCCAGAAGAAGCCCAGCAGAUGUCAAUGGAUCGAGUGACUGGCCCAAUUAUCGCAGGUGCUCUUCUUGAUAUGUAUGCAAACCAAGGAAGCAUUUGUGAGUCCAAAAGAGUUUUCAGUGAGACGCCUCAUAAAAGCCAGUUUGCUUGGAUUGCAAUAAUAUCUGCAUAUGCUGGGCAUGGAGACUAUGACUCCGUGAUAGAAUUGUUCAAGGAGAUGGAGAGAGAAGGAGUAGACCUGAUUCAGUCACAUUUCUUUCUAUACUAG